AUGGGGCUGCUGCGGACGGCCUCCCCUCCCCACCCGCCGGCUGUGGCCGCGGCGGCCUCCCCUCCCCAACCGCCGGCUGCGGACGCGGCGGCGGCCGCGCCCCCCCCACGCGCCUGCGGGGGCGGCGGCGGCGGCGGCCGCGCCCCCCCCACCCGCCUACUGCCGCGGCGGCCGCCCCCCCCCCCCCCCCCCCCCCCAACCCGCCUGCUGCGGCGGCGGCGGCGGCCGCCGCCCCCUCCUCCCCCUCCCCCCACCCGCCAGUUGCCGCAGCCGCCCCCCCCCCCCAACCCCCUCCCACCCGCCAGCUGCGGCGAGGGCGGCGGCCGCCCCCCCCCCCCCCCCCCAAAGAAGAAGCUGUCACUCUUUGUUACAGCCGCCACCUACCUUAUAUACCUGCCACCUCACCUGCCACAACCGUCACCUCACCUGUCAUAG